AUGCUGUGCUACUUGAAGUAUGCCGCUGCAGGCUUGGCCGCUGCGACUCUGGUCGCAGGUCAAACGUACACUGACUGCAAUCCAAUGAAAAAAACUUGCCCGGCCAAUCCUGGCAUAACCGAGUCGAGACACUCUUUCGACUUCACCCAGAGCUCGGGUCUAGAUAAGUGGACCACUACUGCCGGCAACGUCAAGACAGGCUCAAACGGCGCCGAGUUCACUGUCAACAAGAAGGGUGAUGCUCCCACCAUCAAGACAGACUUCUACAUCUUCUUCGGUGAAGUCUCCGUCACCAUGAAAGCAGCCCCUGGCACUGGCAUUGUCAGCUGCAUCGUGCUCGAGUCGGACGAUCUUGACGAGAUUGACUGGGAAGCCGUUGGCGGCGACACGACCCAAAUCGAGUCAAACUACUUCGGAAAAGGAGAUACCACAACCUACGACCGCGCAAUCUGGCACCCUGUCUCGACACCCCAGGAGACAUUCCACACCUACAAAGUCACCUGGACCAAAGAAGCCACCACCUGGUCCGUUGACGGCAAGGUCCUCCGCACUCUAUCCUUCAAAGAUGCCCAAUCCGGAACCAAAUACCCCCAGACACCCAUGAACGUGCGUAUCGGUGUCUGGGCCGGCGGCGACCCAAGCAAUGCGAAGGGUACGAUCGAAUGGGCUGGUGGUGAGACAGAUUAUAGCAAAGUUCCUUUCACGAUGUAUGUCAAGGACGUCACUAUUGUCAACUACAACCCGGCGGAGUCUUAUACCUGGUCUGACCAGACUGGUUCUUAUGAGAGUAUCAAGCUCGCGGGUCAUGUUAACUCGACUGUAUCAAAGACGACUUCGGCUACUACUUCUGGAAGCCUUAUCUCUGCUACCAACACUGCCACGCCGUCUGGCUCUGGCUCUGGCUCCAAGUCCGGAUCUAGCUCAGUUUCUAGUUCCAGCUCCCCCUCCGCUUCUCCAGCUUUUAACGCAGCUUCGAACUUGGGCGCUGGUAGAUUGGGUUUCUGGUCGGUCCUUGCGGCUUUCCCCGGGCUUCUUUUCCUGUAG